GAGAAAGAGGGUAAGGAAAGAGGACAAGCAAGAAACAGAAGAAAUAAAGGAGGACCAGUACAACCACAACUGCCAGGCUCAGGGGUUCCUUGGAGUAGCAUUAAAGACUCUGCUGCAAAAUUUUUGCAUCUUCCUUCCUUUCUUCUCUACUGCUGCACCCCACUACAGUUAUACCAUCCACAAACAAACUUCUCUUCUUUUAAGAUCAAGAGCUGUGGAUCAUACCAUGAGAUAGAGAAGAAAUUUUUCUCUAUGAUUUUGGAUCCAAGAACAUGGGUCAUGCUUCCCAUCUUCUCCACAUGCUAUCCCUCGUCAUUUUCUUUCUUGUUUCUUUCUAUUUCACCCACAUUCUCAUUGGAAAUUCGUCGCUGGGUGUAGAAGGGAGGAAUGGAGGUUAUCUGAGACGAAGAAAUCAGGAUCAGAAGUUCAGAUAUUUGUUGGGUUUUAAGAGUUUCGGCAUUGGGAAAUCAAGGAAUGGUGGUUCUGAUUAUUUCUCCCCGUCUCCGUCUCCGUCUCCUGUGCCCGGCGGGCCCAGUAUUGCUCCGGCUCCUUCUCCGCCACCGCGGUACCAUCUGCACCACGGCCACCCGCCGUCCCACCACCGGCAUUCAAUCCCUGAAGCCCAUAAGGUACAGAAGAAGAAUGAAGAGAGAGCCGCGAGAGUGUUGACGGCAGUUCUUGCAUCUGCCGGCGGAGUCACGUUUGUUUUAUGUGCGAUUGCGCUGUUUUUCCUGUGCCUGAAAUUCAAGAAACAGAAGAGGAGGAAGCGGAGAAGCAGAGUUACAUCCAAGUUCAGUGUGAGUUCACAAGUGAAGAAGGUGAGCUCUGAUCCGGGCCCUGAUCUUUUCUACCUUAAUUCACUGCAGUCUGCUUUGGAACCAGAGAAAUGUUGUCUGAAACUGAGUUCCAGCACUGAGAAAACAGGGGAUGAGAGAGAGGGGUCGAACAAGAAGCUCAUAAACUCAGAGUGUGACAGUGGCAGGUGCUCUUCUUCCUAUGGAGAAAUCACCACUGUGCAUGAGAUUUCAGAGUCGUUCAAGAGUGAAAAUCAUCAUCAAGAACGGGUAAUUCCAGAAGAAGAUGUUCAGAGAUUCGAUGAUAAAAUUGUUCAUGAGGAAGCUCAUUCAUCUGAUGAUGAUGAAUCUUUCCAUUCUUUCUGUGAUUCACAUUCAUCCCAAUUGAGGCUUUCUAAUGCUUCAGACAUCAUAUCCGAAGAUGAAGUUAAGGCGACACAGAUACAGAUUCCACACUCUAAUCCCAUUUUAUCAGCUUCCCCGCCACCACCACCACCGCCACCGCCACCACCGCCACGAUUUGUUCCUGUAUCGCCUCUUCCGCCUGUCCCUUCUUCAAAGAAAACGAAAUCCAACUUUCUGAAUUCAUCCACAUUGUCGAGUUUAUCUCAAAGUAGUUUGCCAGCAUCAGCGUCCACUCCUCCGGCUGCGCCGGCCGGAAUUCCUCCUCCACCGUGUCCACCUCCACUGUCGAAAGGCCAUGUUAACAACUCCCACAAGGCUCCACCUCCUCCACCGCCGCAGCUCACUCAGCAAAUGCCAUUGGGAAAAGACGGCUCUCCGUUGCCAAAGCUCAAACCACUCCACUGGGACAAAGUUAGAGCUGCUCCAAAUCGUUCCACGGUGUGGGACAAGCUGCGGUCCAGCUCGUUUGAAUUUGACGAGGAGAUGAUAGAGUCGCUUUUCGGUUACAACCUGCAAAAUUCCAUCAAGAAUGACGAGGGGAAGAGCAAAACUCCAUCCCCAAGCAAGCACGUUCUCGAGCCUAAGAGGCUGCAGAACAUUACCAUUCUUUCCAAAGCCUUGAAUGUGACUGCAGAGCAAGUAUGCGGGGCUUUAAUCCGAGGGGAUGGCUUGUCGUUGCAAGAUUUAGAAGCGCUCUCAAAGAUGGUGCCCACGAAGGAAGAAGAAGCUAAGCUUGCAAACUACAAAGGAGAUAUAUUUGAGUUGGGGUCGGCGGAGAAGUUAGUUAUGGCGAUGCUUAAGAUACCCUUUGCUUUUCCAAGGAUUGAAGCGAUGCUUUACCGUGAAACAUUCGAAGACGAGGUUCUCCAUCUCAGAAAAUCGUUCUCGAUGCUCGAGGAGGCGUGUAAGGAACUCAGAUCGAGUCGGCUCUUCCUAAAACUACUUGAGGCAGUGCUCAAAACGGGAAACAGGAUGAACGUUGGUACAAUAAGAGGAGGAGCAAAGGCUUUCAAGCUUGAUGCCCUUCUCAAGCUUGCUGAUGUGAAGGGAACAGAUGGAAAAACGACUCUCCUGCAUUUCGUUGUCCAAGAAAUCAUUCGGUCCGAGGGGUUAAGAGUGUCGGAAAGCAUUAUGGGCAAGAUCAAUCAGCGAAGCAAGAGUGGAAACGUUGAAGAUAAAGAAGAGAACUACAGGAGAAUGGGCUUAGAUCUUGUAUCGGGCUUGAGCACUGAGCUAUGCAAUGCCAAGAAAACGGCUACGAUCGACCUGGACGUUCUUGCAAGCUCAGUGACAAACUUAGCAGACGGAAUGCAUAAGCUGCAAACUCUUGUGGAGAAGGAUAUGAUAAUGGAGGAGAAAAAAGGCAACUUUGUGAGUUCGAUGAGAUCAUUUCUGAAACAAGCGGAAAAGAAGCUGAAGGAACUGGAGGAGGAUGAGAAUCGAGUGAUGUUGAAUGUUAGAGAGAUUACCGAGUAUUUUCAUGGAGAUGUGAGCAAAGACGAGUCCAAUCCACUCCGGAUUUUUGUAAUUGUUAGAGAUUUUUUAAGCAUGUUAGACCAUGUUUGCAAAGAGCUUAGAAGCUCGAAAACGCCCCGUAGUCCUAAUCCCCUAGCCCCCUUCCGGUAGAUUAGAUUGCUCGGCUUGUCUUAUAGUUUUCUACUUCAUCUACCCAUGGUGGAUGAAAUAUGUGUAACAUAUUUCAAAUUCUAAUGAGAUGUCAAAAGGUUUUUUUU